UUAAAUAUUAUGGAAGGAAAAUUAGAAGCUAAUGAAAUUAAUCUCACUUUAAUAGGUGAAAUCGGUUAUACAACAACUCAAACUAUUUCAAGUGGGAAAGGACGAACAUCAACACAAACCAAAUAUCAUCAUAUUCCAUUUUAUUCUGCUAAAGCUAUUUUUGUAAGGCCUGAUUUAGGACAAAAAGAACUUGUUUACAAUCAAGGAAAUUAUUCAUGGCCAUUUCAAAUUCUAUUAACUGAACAUCUUCCACCUACACUCAAUCAACCACAAUCAUAUCCUCAUGUUCGAUAUUAUCUUCAAGUUAUGAUUGAAAAAACAUGGUAUAAACCAAACAAAAGAGAAACAAGAUAUUUAACAAUAUUUCCACGCGUUAAUUUAUUACAUAAUCCUCAAUGUUUAAUUUCAACUAUAUUUGGCAAUGAAAAUAGAAAAGAUAUAAAAUUAAAAGGAACACUAAAUAAAUUAGGUUUUGUUCCUGGUGAAUUGAUAGUUGCAACAUUAGAAAUUGAAAAUCGACGAAAUGUAUUAAUUCAAUGUAUUAAUUUAUCAAUGACACAAUUAUAUGACAUUGGACGAAAUUCACGUAAAAUUAUAAUUUUCGACACAGUAUUACCAAAUAUUAUUAAUCUCAGAAAUGAAUUUAUAAGAGAAACAUUUUCAAUAUUAAUUCCUAAUAUUCGAUUACCACCAUCAUAUCAAUUUCAAGGUGGUCUUCAAGCAUCUGCUAACGUUCAUAUUCAUUACACAAUUCGAUUUGCAAUUAAAGUUGAGGGAAUAUUUACGAAUUUUGAUAUUGAUAUACCAAUUAUAUUAGGAACAGAAUCUAAUUCUGUUCUUAAUCAUGAUUCGCCACCUAGUUAUAACUUUGUUGUAUCUCAUGCUAAAUAA